ACUGCUGGGGACAAAUGUUUACUAAUGCUGUCUGGCUGUGCAGGGAGGGGAAGCAGAGAGGAAAAGACCACAACACACAACAAGACAACCAGUAAUCCGGGUCAACAGCAUCAAUGUAUGACUUUACGUCCGUCCCCUCGCCCAUACCCGGGCGCGAACCAGGGACCCUCUGCACACAUCGACAACAGCCACCCUCGAAGCAUCGUUACCCAUCGCUCCACAAAAGCCUCGGCUCUUGCAGAGCAAGGGGAACUACUACUUCAAGAAUCCUGCAGGCUCUCGGGUUGGGCUAGAUCUCUUGGCUGGACUUCCUCAGUGAUAAUUUCACAUUUCGACACGUUAGCUCAGUGAACAAAAUACAACUCUUUAACCCAACUCGUGAUUUGCUUUCAAGAACAUUGAGGACCUCAACCUGUAGCUACUUAUGAAGAGACUGGCAUAAGACAUCUCAGGACAACAUCCCAGAAACACUGAGCACCAAUGUCAGAGGAGCACUGUGACAGGAGCACAGGUCAUGUGACAUCAUAGCAGCAUAACAGCAUAGCAGGAAGUAGUCGCUGAAUUCUUAUCGUACCACUCUGUACAGUCAGCUGUACAGGUUUAUAUUUCAGUCAUUUAGCAGACACUCUUAGGGUUAAGAGCCUUGCCCAGGGGCACAUUGACCGAUUUUUCAACUAUUCGACAAACCCAACACUCUUAACCGCAAGGCUACCUGCCACACAGUUCUGACCUCACCGUUUCCUACCACGCUUUCGUGAUCACAUGCACCAUACCCACACUCCGUCACACACCAUACCCUCUCACCCACCUGGGAGCCCUUCCAUAGCCUGGGUAGACUCAUCACCAAGGGCACCAUUGGACACUGCACCCUUCAGAAAUGACCGGUACCCAGCUAAUGAACUAUCCCACCACAAACUCUCCAUUCAGCUCUCCCAGCUCCAACUCCAUUCUGCUCCAAUCAGCUGCCAUGACAUCCCCAGUCCCCCCUUUUUCCCGGGCCACCUCAGUCCCCUCGCCUCAACUGCCUCUGGCCCUGUGGCCCCCGCUGGACUUUGCCUUAGGAGCGUUGUCAUGCUGCGGGGCCUGUGUGUUCACUAACCCCCUGGAGGUGGUAAAGACACGGUUGCAGCUGCAGGGAGAGCUGCGGGCGCGGGGGUCCUACCGGCAGCACUACCGCGGGGUGCUGCAGGCCCUGUGGGUGGUGGGGAGGACGGAUGGGCUCCGCGGGCUUCAGAAGGGGCUCUCGGCUGGGCUGAUGUACCAGGGUCUGAUGAACGGCGUGAGGCUGGGCUUCUACUCCUACUGUGACACCGUGGGGUUCACUGCAGCCCCUGGAGGGAGUCUGAUGUCAGGGGCCGUGGCCGGGGCUCUGGGGGCCUUCAUUGCCUCUCCUGCCUAUCUGGUGAAGACACAUCUGCAGGCCCAGACAGUCGAGGCCAUCGCAGUUGGUCACCAGCACAACCAUCAGGGUGUGUCGAGUGCCUUCGCCAAUAUCUACCGGCGGGAGGGCGUGGUGGGGCUGUGGAGGGGUGUGAACGGGGCUGUGCCUCGAGUGAUGGUGGGAUCAGCCGCCCAACUGGCCACCUUCAGCUCCGCUAAGGAAUGGGUGGCACGCCUACAGUGGUACAGUCCAAACAGCUGGCUGGUUGCCUUGACAGCUGCCUGUAUCAGUGGAGUCGCCGUGACGAUCACCAUGACGCCGUUUGACGUCAUCAGCACACGCCUCUACAACCAGCCAGUGGAUGAGCGUCAUAGGGGUCGUCUGUACCUGGGCUUCUCAGACUGUCUGGUGAAGGUGUGCCGGACAGAGGGUUUUCUGGGGCUGUAUAAAGGUAUGGGCCCUGUGUUCUUCCGCCUGUGCCCUCACACCGUUCUUAGCAUGCUCUUCUGGGACCUGAUGAGACAACGGGCCUUUCAGGACGUUCAGAACGAGAGCUGAAGAGAAGAGGAUAUUCAGCAAUCUUGGAGGACAAUGGAAGUUGAUUUAAAAAAUAAAACAUGUUUUGGCCUGCUGUCUUCAUCAGAGCCGGAGCUAAGAAAGAAGGCCUCAUAUGGUGGACAGAGUUGAAUGAAUGACUGGUCCGUUGGUAGAGACGAGCAGUAGACAAUCUUUGUGAUGCCAGUGUGGAAAGUUGGUUGAGAGAAGGAGAGACGAGGAGGAGGAGACGCUCUCAAUUCCACAGAAUAGACUUGCACUCCCUCACUGGUUAACUGGAAGGAUACAUAAUGGCUUGAUAUACACUGAGUGUACAAAACAUUAUUGAGUUGCACCCCCUUUUGCCCUCAAAACAGCCUCAAUUCAUCUGGGCAUGGACUCCACAAGGUGUUGAAAAUGUUCCACCGGGAUGCUGGUCCAUGUUGACACCAAUGCUUCCCACAGUUGGGCACCCACAGGCUGGAUGCCCUUUAGGUGGUAGACCAUUCUUGAUACACAUUGGAAACUGUUGAGCAUGAAAAACCCAGCAGUGAUGGAGUUCUUGACACACUCUCAAACCGGUACGCCUGGCACCUACUACCAAUCCCCAGUCAAAGGCAUUUAAAUGUUUAUCUUGUCCAAUUACCCUCUGAAUGGCAUACAGUGCUUUGUAAAAUAAUUCAACCCCUUGGAGUUUUUCCUAUUUUGUUGCAUUACAACCUGUAAUUUAAAUAUAUUUUUAUUUGGAUUUCAUGUAAUGGACAUACACAAAAUAGUUCAAAUUGGUGAAGUGAAAAAAUAACUUGUUUCAAUAAAUACAUUUAAAUUAAAAAUGUAAAGUGGUGCGUGCAUAUGUAUUCACCCCCUUCGCUAUGAAGCCCCAAAAUAAGAUCUGGUGCAACCAAUUACCUUCAGAAGUAACAUAAUUGGUUAAAUAACGCCCACCUGUGUGCAAUCUAAGUGUCACAUGAUCUGUCACAUGCGCUCAGUAUAUAUACACCUGUUCUGACAGGCCCCAGAGUCUGCAACACCACUAAGCAAGGGGCACCACCACGCAAGUGGCACUAUGAAGACUAAGGAGCUCUCCAAACAGGUCAGGGACAAAGUUGUGGAGAAGUACAGAUCAGGGUUGGGUUAUAAAAAAAUAUCAGAAACUUUGAACAUCCCACAGAGCACCAUUUAAAUCCAUUAUUAAAAUAUGGAAAGAAUAUGGCACCACAACAAACCUGCCAAGAGAGGACUGCCCACCAAAACUCAUGGACCAGGCAAGGAGGGCAUUAAUCAGAGAGGCAACAAAGAGACCAAAGAUAAACCUGAAGGAGCUACAAAGCUCCACAGCGGAGAUUGGAGUAUCUGUCCAUAGGACCACUUUAAGCCGUGCACUCCACAGAGCUGGACUAGAACAAAAAUAAGCAAACACGUUUGGUGUUCGCCAAAAGGCAUGUGGGAGACUCCCCAAACGUAUGGAAGAAGGUACUCUGGUCAGAUGAGACUCAAAUUUAGCUUUUUGGCCAUCAAGGAAAACGCUAUGUCUGGCACAAACUCAACACAUAAUCACACCGAGAACACCAUCCCCACAGUGAAGCAUGGUGGUGGCAGCAUCAUGCUGUGGGGAUGUUUUUCAUUGUCAGGGACUGGGAAACUGGUCAGAAUUGAAGGAAUGAUGGAUGGCGCUAAAUACAGGGAAAUUCUUGAGGGAAACCUGUUUGUCUUCCAGAGAUUUGAGACUGGGACGGAGGUUCGCCUUCCAGCAGGACAAUGACCAUAAGCAUACUGUUAAAGCAACACUCGAGUGGUUUAAGGGGAAACAUUUAAAUGUCUUGUAAUGGCCUAGUCAAAGCCCAGGCCUCAAUCCAAUUCAGAAUCUGUGGUAUGACUUAAAGAUUGCUGUACACCAGCGGAACCCAUCCAACUAUAAGGGCACAAGGCGAGACCCAGAUGCAGACACAGGAGGCAGAUGGUUAGAUUCCAAGCUAAUUAAUAACAAUCCAAAAGGGCUAGCCAAGAGAAUGGUCAUGGAUAGGCAAAAGGUCAAAACCAGUUCAGAGUUCCAGAGGUACAGAAUGGCAGGCAGGCUCGAGGUCAGGGAAGGCAGACUGGUUAGGCAGGCAGGAAUGGAGUCCAGAAAAACAGGCAAAGGUCAAAACCGGGAGGACGAGUAAAAGAUAAUAGAAAAGCAGGCGCAAGGGAAAAACAUGCUGUUUGACUUGAACAUACAAGACAAACUGGCACAGAGAAACAGGAAACACACAGAUAAAUGAACCAGGGAAAAUAUGCGACACCUGGAGGGGGUGGAGACAAUCACAACUUGUGACACCAACUUGAAGGAGGUGGAGCAGUUUUGUCUUGAAGAAAAAAUCCCAGUGGCUAAAUGUGCCAAGCUUAUAGAGACAUACCCCAAGAGACUUGCAGCUGUAAUUGCUGCAAAAGGUGGCUCUUCAAAGUAUUGACUUUGAGGGGGUGAAUAGUUAUGCACGCUCAAGUUUUCCAUUUUUUUGUCUUAUUUCCUGAUUGUUCACAAUAAAAAAAUAUUUUGCAUCUUCAAAGUGGUAGUAGGCAUGUUGUGUAAAUCAAAUGAUACAAACCCCACAAAAAUCUAUUUUAAUUCCAGGUUGUAAGGCAACAAAAUAGGAAAAAUGCCAAGGGGGGUGAAUACUUUCGUACAUGCACAAUCUAUGUCUCACUUGUCUCAAGGCUUUAAAAUCCUUAUUUAUUAACCUGUCUCCUCCCCUUCAUCUAGACUGAUUGAAAUUGAUUUAACAAGUAACAUCAAAAAGGGAUCAUAGCUUUCCCCUGGAUUCACCUGGUCAGUCUAUGUCAUGGAAAAAGCAUGAAAUGUUCCUAAUGUUUUGUACAUUCAGUGUAUUUUACUUGACUUGAAAAACUUGAUCUAUCGCAGCUUGAUUUUAUAGACAUUGUUGGACAAUGAUGUUGAAGGUUGAUAUGUAAGAUGAGGCUCACUCCAUGACUAAGCCUUAAGGUCAAAAGUCAAACUGUGCACAAGAAGGCCCAUUCUUGAUUAAACAAGAUUAAGUUUGGUCAGAUCACCAAGUCCAUGUAAUAUGUGUUUUUAGUCUGGGUUAGUGACCUGGAUAAUAUUGAGCCUACAGUUUUACUGAUAUGUUUGUCUUUUCCAUGCAAUGUGUGAAAAUAAAAAUGCCUUGACUUA